UUCGCCAUCCUCCACAAGCGUCUUCCGUCCUUCUUCUUUUGUACUGAGCAGAAAUUCAAUGGACACUGCAAGGCGUAGGAUCUCCUUGUUAAGUCGUACUAUCACCCCACCAACGAGGGGCUUACACAAUGCGCCCGACUUGAAGGAACAGACAAGUUUUGGACAAGAAGCUGGACCGUUCGUUCCGACGGUAUCGCGGACGGAGCUUGAUCCUGUAAACUUUCUGCGUCGUUCCGCCAAUGUAUAUCCAAACAAGAUUGCAGUGUGGCAUGAAUCACGAAGCUAUGCCUACUCUAUUCUCGCCACUCGUGUCCUCAAUUACGCUGCAUCGCUUCUUCGUCUAGGCAUCCGGAAGGGUGACCGGGUAGCUGUUCUCCUGCCGAAUAUCCCAGCAAUGCUUGAAUCACACUUUGCAGUGCCCCUCACUGGCGCAAUUUUGGUCACCAUCAAUACUCGAUUAAACAAGGACGAAGUGGGCUACAUUUUACGAGACUGCGGAGCGCGGAUAUUGGUGGUGGAUCAUGAGCUGUUGGACUUGGUGGGCGGUGACCAGGCGAGGACAGGAAAUCUUGAACAUAUCGUCAGAGUAGACGACACUGGCUCAGAUAUAGAUCCAUACGAGCAAUUUAUAUAUUCCAGUGCCAAAAACACUUUGGAUAGGCCUCCGUGUUGGACAGAUUUUCCAUCGCGAUCGGAUGAGCGCGAGACAAUAUCGAUCAAUUACACGUCUGGAACGACCGGACGACCAAAAGGAGUAAUGUACCAUUCUAGAGGGGCAUACUUGAAUGCUUUAUCAGAAUGUCUGGAGAUGGGAAUGUCUAGUGAGUCUGUCUACCUGUGGACGUUACCAAUGUUCCAUUGUAACGGUUGGUGCUUUCCUUGGGCGACAGUAGCUGCAGGUGCAACAAAUGUUAUGCUCCGUAAGAUUGAUUAUGCCCAAAUCUGGACGCUGCUAACGACGCUCAACGUCAGCCACUACUGCGGCGCCCCGACUGUUCAUACAUCCAUUAUCCAUCAUCCUGCGGCACGCCGUCUUCCCCAGCAAGUGAAAUGCAUGAUUGCUGCCGCACCGCCAAGUCCUACUAUGAUUGCCAAGAUGAUGGAGUUGAACUUUGUGCCGGUACAUGUGUAUGGGUUGACAGAGACGUAUGGACCUAUCACCAUUUGUGCGUGGCAGUCACAUUGGAAGACACUCACUCCUGUAGAACAGGCUGCUUUAUUGUCUAGACAGGGACAAAACUAUACGGUCGCGGAUGAGGUGCGUAUUGUUGACGAAAACAUGAAUGAUACUCCUUGGGACGGUGAAACCAUGGGUGAAGUCGUGAUGAGAGGGAAUAAUGUGAUGACGGGUUACUACAACGACUCAGUUGGCACUGCUAAAGCGUUUCAAGGCGGCUACUUUCAUUCCGGAGAUCUCGGUGUUCGACAUCCUGAUGGGUAUAUUGAACUCCGUGACCGGGCCAAAGACAUUAUUAUCUCAGGUGGCGAGAAUAUUUCAACAAUCUUACUUGAAAACACCAUUCUGGCCCACUCAUCCGUCUUUGAAUGUGCCGUCGUCUCAUCCCCACAUGACAAAUGGGGUGAAGUCCCUGUCGCGUACGUGGUUCUCAAACCAGAUGCGUCCAUUCCCAUUGAUCGGAUCCCAGACGAGAUUGUUCAGUGGUGCAAGCAAACCCUGGCUGGUUUCCAGGUUCCUAAAGGUGUAAAGGUCUUGAAAGAGUUGCCUAGAACAAGCACUGGAAAGGUCAGAAAGACUGUUUUAAGGGAUAUGGAGUGGAGUGGAAAGACGAAACGGAUUCAGGGUUGAAGGGUGAGUAUCAGAGGACAUGUCGACAGAGGUGUAGAACUUACAUAGUAAUCGGAGGUCUUUGUGGAGAGUCGGAAGCAAAUGCUGGUAGAGAGGCGUCACAGGAUCAUAGAAGAGGCAUUGUAACUAGUCAUUUUUUCUGAAUCAUUGAAAAGAGAAGUACGUUGUCAUUGGACGCAGCUCAAUGACUGCAUUCA